AUGGAGAUGUUCCGCGCCCACUCCAGUCGCUACGGUUGCUACGGCAGCGACCAAUCAGGACUGGUCUACUACGCGGUGACACUGAGCGUGGUCUCCGUCGGCCUGCCUUUGACCCUGGUGGCCAUUUAUGCCGUUUAUUCUCUGAUCCAUACCGAUAACGUGGCCCCGGUCUACCUGGUGAACCUCCUGACCUCUGACCUCAUCCAGCUGUGCAGCCUCAUCGCCCUGGCAACCACGAACAGCCCCACGGUCUGCGACGUGUUUCUCUACGUCCUCCAGAUCGGCAUGAUGGUCAGCAUCUGCUUCAUGGUGGUCAUCGCCAUGGAGAGCCCUGACCCUAACCCCGGCCCUGCCCUGGUCCUAACCCUAGCCCUGGCCCUGGUCCUUUCUCUGGUCCUGGUCCUGGCCCUAACCCUAACCGUAACCCUGGUCCUGGUACCUGGUGGUGGCCUGGCCCCGGUCCUUUAUCUGGCCUUGGCCCUUUCUCUGUUCCUGGUCCUUUCUCUGUUCCUAACCCUGACCUUAGCCCUAACCCCGGUCCUGGUCCUCUGCAGGUACCUGGUGGUGGCCUGGCCCCUGUGGUACCGGUUCAGACGCAGCCUGCGGACGUCGGUGGUGGUCUGCCUGGUGGUACCUGGUGGUGGCCUGGCCCUGGUCCUAACCCUGGCCCCUGGUCCUAGCCCUGGCCCUAACCCCGUCCCUGGUCCUAGCCCUAACCCUAACCCUAACCCCGGUCCUUUCCGGCUGCAGGCACCUGGUGGUGGCCUGGCCCUGACCCUGACCCUGACCUUAACCCUGACCCUAACCCUAACCCUAACCCCGGGGAGGUCCUCUCUGCAGGUACCUGGUGGUGGCCUGGCCCUGGUCCUUUAUCUGGCCUUGGCCCUUUCUCUGUUCCUGGUCCUUUCUCUGGCCCUAACCCUGGCCCCUGGUCCUAGCCCUGGCCCUAACCCCGCCCCCCCUCUCUGCAGGUACCUGGUGGUACCAGGUGGUGGCCUGGCCCCGGUCCUUUAUCUGGCCUUGGCCCUUUCUCUGUUCCUGGUACCUGGUGGUGGCCUGGUCCUGGUGCUAGCCCUAACCCUGGUCCUAACCCUAACCCCGGUCCUGGUCCUCUGCAGGUACCUGGUGGUGGCCUGGCCCCUGUGGUACCGGUUCAGACGCAGCCUGAGGACGUCGGUGGUGGUCUGCCUGGUGGUCUGGGCCCUCCCCUUGCUCUACCUGCCCAUCUUCUUCUUCGCCAGCUCCUACAUGGAGACCACCAUCGCCUCCUUCCUGCUGCUGCCCUUCCCCCUGCUGCUCUUCUUCCUGGGGGGCACCCUGAGGGCGCUGGCCGCCUCCCGCAGCGUCGCGGCCGAAGAGAAGCGCCGCAUCGUGGCCUCGCUGGUCCUGUCCUGGCCCUGGUCCUUUCUCUGGCCCUGCCCGCUGGCGGACCUGGUGCUGUACGUGUUCCUGAGGAGGGGUUUCUGCGACCGGCUGCUGGCCUCGCUGUGCUGCUGCAGGAUGGAGGACGGCCUCCGGUCCCGGAUCAGGUCCCCAAAGCGUUCGGCCAAAGGUCGGAUUCCCUUUCGGGGGUCCUCGGCCUGCUGCCCCCCCCCCCCCUCCUCCCCCUCCCCCUCCUCCUUCUCUUUAUCCCCCUCUUCCUCCCCCUCUUCCUCCCCCUCCUCCUCCUCCUCCUCACUGGGCUUCUUGUUCUGGGCGUACAGCAUGUCCAGCAUGAAGAGAGAAGCUGAGGAGACCGGUGUAGACUCCGGGGAGAAGGAACCAGAGGAAAGAACCCAGGAGCAGGAGGAGGAGAAAGAAGAAGAGGAGGAGAAAGAAGAAGAGGAGGAGAAAGAAGAGGAGGAGGAGGAGAAAGAAGAGGAGAAGGAGAAGGAGGAGGAGCAGAGGGAGGAGGAGGAGGAAGACAGCGGGAUCCUGAGCGAUAAAGAGCGGCAGAACGAGGAGCGUGCUGCUGGCGGAGGAGAUGCUGGAGGCCGAGCAGUUGUCCUUCUCGUUCACCUCCUCGUUCUGACGCUCUUUAUCGCUCAGGAUCCCGCUGUCCUCCUCCUCCCUCUGCUCCUCCUCUUCUUCCUUCUCCUUCUCCUUCUCCUCCUCCUCCUCCUGCUCCUCCUCUUCUUCUUUCUCCUCCUCCUCUUCUUUCUCCUCCUCCUGCUCCUGGGCUCUUUCCUCUGGUUCCUUCUCCCCGGAGUCUACACCGGUCUCCUCAGCUUCUCCUGUAAACAGAAACCAAAGUUAGCUUUCAUGGUUGGUGUCUUUGUCCGGUCCAUGCUGGAGAACCCAUGUCUGACUCAGGACCAGUCUGAGGGCUGCUGGAACAUGGGUAUCAUCAGUACAAAGACUGUCAGGGCCCCGCCCACCUGGUCCAGGCCCCGCCCACCAGGUCUAGGCCCCGCCCACCAGGCCCAAGUCCAGCCCACCAUACCCAGGCCCCGCCCACCUGGUCCAGGCCCCGCCCACCUUGUCCAGCCCCUGCCCACCAGGUAUAGGCCCCGCCCACCCCUCCCAGGCCCCGCCCACCUUGGUGAUGCAGUGCCCGCUGCAGAUGGUGGUUUCCACCGGGUGGCAGCCGCUGCAGCCAUCUUUCUCCAGAGAAACCGUCUGGUUCACCAGCUCACAGAGAGGUAG